AUGCUAUCUACAAUUACUGAAUAUCUAGAAGAAUUAAAGGAAUCAUUUGUACCAACUGUUGCUAAGGCAGAAGAUGACGUAGAAGAUGCUGGUGAAGAAGAAGACGAUGAUGAUGAAGAUGAAGAUGAAGAUGAAGAAGAAGAAGAAGCUCAAGAUCAAUUAGACGCUUUGAGACAAGAAGCUUUGGAAACUGAAGAAGGUAAGGGAUUGAACCACCAUUACCACGAAUGUGUAGAAAGAGUUACCAAACAACAAGAAGAUCCAAAUUAUGAAAAUUUGGAAUAUAAGGAAGAUUGUGUUGAAGAAUUCUUCCAUUUACAACAUCAUGUGGACAGCUAUGCAGCUCCAAGAUUGUUCAGUCAAUUGAAAUAG